UUCCGUGUUCACUCGCUGCAAGAACUGAAUGAAGUUGACAGGCAAUAUUGUCCAUAAACUGUUGGCUACAUUUAAACCUUUAGGUCGUGAUAAAUAACGUCUUUCCGUGGAUUAUAUUGUAGUGAGGCUACAGCACGAAUACAUAUUCACCAUCAUGUUUACACGGGUGAGGUCCGCUGUUUCCAAUAUCAUUGGCGGCAUCAUGGCUUCUAGUUCAAAUGAGGAAAAUUAUAGCGGCCCAGAUUUACCGCUGAGAUUCCCUUACUCGAGACCGGACUUCCUUGGAAUGUCUCCAGAUGAGGUAGAGUGCUCUGCCGAUCACAUCGCGCGACCUAUUCUUAUUGUCAAGGAGACGAACCGAUUGCCGUGGUCCACCGGUUACGCAGAGGUAAUUAAUGCUGGUAAGAGUGCUCUGAAUGAAGACCAGGCAUGCUGUGAGGUGGUGGAGCUGAGGAGACGGCCUGCCGACCCUUCCAGCCCAAGCUACGUUCCCCCCACCAGGAGGCGAUCUUCUCUACCCAGCAGAGAUGCUCUGGAAGCCAGGGAGAGAACUCUCCCAACUGUGGAGAGCUCUGAACAGGAGGAGCUGUACUUUCACUACUGGGCUUUGUUUGAUGGACAUGCCGGUUCAGGCGCCGCCGUAUUUGCCUCUAAGCUUCUUCAUCUCCACAUUGAAGAGCAGCUCCAGGGUGUGCUAGAGAUCCUCCAGAAGCCCUCUCUUCAGCCUCCCACUUGCCUGGGAGAAGAGAACAGCCACCACUUGCACCCCUCCGGAGGGUCCUCUCAGCGUGCGCUGUCCAGGGUAGCAUCAUUGCGAGGUGCGGCAGGGGCCCCAGGCUCUCCCAACACUGUGGCACCACGCUUCUUCAUGGAGAAGAAGGUGAAGCAGGAGAGUCUGGUGAUUGGGGCAAUCGAGAACGCAUUCAAAGAGAUGGACAAGCACAUUGGCAGAGAGAGGAAUGUCUAUGAUAUCUCAGGAGGCUGUACAGCUUUAGUGGUGGUCUGUUUGUUGGGAACACUUUAUGUGGCCAAUGCAGGUGACAGCAGGGCCAUCAUCUUGCACGGUGGAGAGAUCAUCUCCAUGUCAAGUGCCUUCACUCCAGAGUCCGAGAGACAGAGACUUCAGUGUUUGGCUUUUACAGAGCCUCACUUGUUAGGGAAUGAAUUCACACACUUGGAGUUCCCCAGAAUGGUUUACAAGAAGGAGGUAGGGAAGAGGAUACUGUACAGGGACUACAGCAUGAAGGGCUGGGCAUAUAAAACCGUGCAGGAGGAUGACCUAAAGUUCCCUCUGGUUUUUGGAGAGGGGAAAAAGGCCCGGGUGAUGGCCACCAUUGGCGUUACCAGAGGGUUUGGUGAUCAUGAUCUAAAGGUUCAUGGAACAGACAUCUCCAUCAAACCUUUUCUCUCCUCCUGUCCAGAGGUGAAAGUGUACAACUUGGGGCAGUUUGAGCAUGGAGCUGAUGAUGUCAUGGUUUUGGCUACAGAUGGCUUAUGGGAUGUUCUCUCCAACCUGGAAGUUGCUGAGGCAGUCACUAGUUUCCUUGGAAACUGUGACCCUGACGACCAUCACAGGUAUACCAUGGCAGCCCAGGACCUGGUAAUGAAAGCUCGAGGGGUACUGAAUGACCGAGGCUGGAGGAUAGCAAAUGACAGGCUGGGCUCUGGAGAUGACAUAUCUGUUUACAUAAUUCCCUUGAUGUUUGGAAACAAACAGCAACAGCCAAGGUGACCAGUGGAGAGAGAGAAGCACUGGACAAUGAAUGGGAGGGCUAAUUAAGUCUUCACCAUGGCCUUUGCUGGCCCUAUAGUGUUUAACAAUUUUAAAGAUAUAAAGAAAUCACAAGAGCUAUAUUACGACUCCUGAAUGCUGAGUGGAGUUCAUGGUAGAUUCAGUGCUGUAAUUUUAACUUUGACAACCUGGAGGACUCAAUGUCAGUAUUCAACAAUACUAGUUACUGCUCUUGAUUUCCAGUUGAUAUUGUUCAAAAAGUACUGUUAACAGCCUGGCUGUGCUGAAGUCUUCCUCUUGCCUUCUGGUUAUCCUCUUAACACAGAUGAUUUUGUCUCUUUUCUCUUGUCCAUUCUAUGAAUGGAAAUGACAGUGAAUUUAGAGUUAGCAUACAUGAAUUAAUGUAAAUACAUUUAGAGUUGCAUUUGAAAAACAUCAGCUCUCUUUCCAUGGUGUUCUUUCUUUCCUGCAUAGCCUCAUGCGAGGAUCGAUUUUUUUCAGUCCCCCCCCCACCCCCACACACAGCCUGAGGAGCACCUCUGGAUUCAUCAUGUUGUAGGAACUGUGGUCUCAAAUAAAGGAAAACUCACUAGCUAAAAACCACAAUUUAUCGGUUACCGAUGUAAAUGUCCUACACUAAAUCUGAAAAUCAGUACAGUUAUAUAAAAAUAAAUCAACUGGUCUUUU